AUGAGGACGUGUCCUGUGUCCACUAACAAUAGUCCUCAAAUUUCGAUACUCACACACCCCUUAAAUAUAGAUCAGGAAAUCGUUCCCCCUCCAAAUUAUCGUCCAGAAAUCCCCUUAAAACUUUUCAAAAUUCACUAUAAUGCUCUUUUAGACUCCGGUGCCUCAGUAUCUGCAGUCUCCGAAGAACUGUAUCAAAAUUUAAUCUCUGACCCUUCACAAAAUAAAAUCCCCCUCUUUCCUCUUAACGGCAUACUCCUCACAACAGCACUAAAUAAUAAAUCAAUAAAAUUAAAAUCUCAAAUCUAUUUAAACUUUUCAAUUCAAAACUAUGAAACCUUUGGUAUUUUUCUUGUUGUCCCCCAUCUCUCUACUCCUCUUAUUUUGGGAACCGAUUGGUUGGUGGAAAAUGGGGUGACCAUAGAUUAUAGUACUAAGGAAAUCUCUCUCCCCUCACUCAAAAAUAAAAUACCUUUUAAAUUAAUUGCAGAUCAUGACCCCAAUAGCCUGGUAAAUUCACUCAAAAAUAUCAAUAUCUCAGAAGAUCUCCCUCUACUCUCCGAAUCCCCCUCAAGCUCAAAAUACAACCCUCUCCCUUUCGAAACAGAAAAAAAUAUCGCUCUCAAUGACUUUCCCCUUAAUAUUUCUCAACAAAAUUUAAUGACCUCUCUCUUACAAAAUUUCCAAGACAUAUUUCAAGACAAACCUGGCCUUCAUAAAUUCUUUUCUUAUAAAUUUAAUGUCAAACCCCAUGAUCCCUACAAAAUCAAACCGUAUCCUGUCCCUUUCUCUCGACGCCCGGCUGUACAACAAGAGAUUGAUAAAAUGAUUCAAUGGGGGGUGAUCGAACGGUCAGACUCACCAUACAAUAAUCCUUUGGUCACUGUCAUCAAGACAGACGGCUCGAUACGCUUAUGUUUAGAUGCCCGUAAAUUAAAUACAAUUAUCCUCCCCACUCGAGACGCUUCUCCACCCAUUGAUGAUAUCCUAGCCAAAUUUAAUAAUAAAUCUUUUUUCUCCUCCCUCAUUUCUCUUCUGGUUAUUGGCAGAUUCCCCUUGACCCCUCUGUACGACAGUACACCAGUUUUUUGUAUGAUGGUCGGUCGUACCAGUUCUGCGUUGUCCCGUUUGGUCUGA